AAAGGUCAACCCACCAUCAGAACAAAAUCCACUCACCUUAAGCAAUUGGAGAGGAUCUUGAAAACUCUGUUACAUUCCAAAGAAGGCGUCGAAGGAACCGGGAACAACUCUAUAUUCCUCGAAAAGAAGGGUUGUAAAAUGGCCUACGAAAUUAGGGCACACACACAUACACAUAUACCACGCCCACUAAUGUCGAAUGAGGUUUCAGUUACAUUCAGAGUUUCAAACCAUCAACCUCAAAUGGCGGAGGUCUCUAACCUUCACGUUUUUCAUCGUCCCAUCGUUGUCCAACAACAAGAAUCGGAACAACAUCAACAACAACAGUCGCACAUAAAAACCCUAGAUUUCAUUCAGAACAACAACGAAGAUGACGACGACGACGAACCGUUCGGCUUCAAUUGCGAUCCUCUCUCUUCUCCCAGUCUCUCUUUCUUCGUACCCUCCUUCUCUCAUCCACACAAUUCCAAUUCUUACGAUUCUGAUUCUGAUUCUGAUUUUGAAUCUGGUUAUUCGGAUCCAGCUCCCGAUCCCAAUUGCUUUUACGGCGACGACCAAAUGGAUUUCGUCACCGACUUGUUCGAAUCUCGCGAAGAACACGUAGCGGAUGAUUCAGGUUCGGUUUCGGAUUCAUUUUUGGAUACUAAUUUUAGGGUUUUCGGAGAAAAUUGUGAAUAUGAUUCAACCUACGAGGAGGAUCUAGGGUUAGGGUUUGGUUCUCGCAUCGAAUUUGAUACACUUGCUUUUGCCUCUCAAUCGAAUGAAUCUUCAUCUAUUCGUGGUGUGCAUUCGUGCACGGGCGGUCUACGAGUUGUUGGAAUCGAAUCAGAGUCGGAUUCGGAGGUGGAUUUCAAUUCUGGCGUUCAUGAUGACCAGCUUGGCGAUUCGGAUAUUCCGCUAUUUUGGGAUUGCCUUGGAUUUGAGGAUCAAAGGGUCACGAAUGAAGAAUUGGAGUGGGAGGAAGUGGAUGGGAGGAUUGAUGACAGAGAAGGUAUGAGUGCAGUCAUUGAUCGCAUUGAAGGAUUAUCGGUAUCCUCUGAAACUUCAAUUGAUGAAGAGAUCGGUAUUGGGGAAGAGGCUGUGCGGAAUUUAGAAUGGGAAGUUCUUUUGGCGGUUAAUAAUUUAGAUAGAAUAUCUGAAUUGGAACAUGAUGGUGAUGGUGGUGUCACGUAUUUAGACGUUCAUGAUGAUUAUACCUUCACAGCUGAAUAUGAUACGCUCUUCGGUCAAUUUUUGCAGAAUGAAAGUGCUUUGAAGGGUAGUCCUCCGGCUGCCAAGUCUGUUGUGGAAAAUCUUCCGGCGGUGGUGUUAACUAAGGAAGAGUUGAAGGAAGACAAUGUUGUUUGUGCGGUUUGUAAGGAUGCAAUUUUGGCAGAAGAGAAAGUGACAAGGCUUCCUUGCCAACACCAUUACCAUGGGGACUGCAUUGUCCCAUGGCUGAGUAUUCGUAAUACGUGUCCUGUUUGUCGGUAUGAAUUGCCCACGGAUGAUCCUGACUAUGAGCAGAGGAAAACCCGAAGGGAUAGUAUUGGCCUGUUACAGGAUAUGCAGGUCAGAUUCAAUUUUGAACUCUUACCUUGAUACUAUGUUCUAUCUAUGUAAAUAACAUGUAGGAAGAAUUCAUGUCUUUUUGGUGAUGUUGAUGACGUCUUUUGAUGAUUUUGUUUGUUGUAUUGAUGGAACUAUGAAACGUUAAGUAUAGUGAUUUUCUUUAAUUUUCCCUAUUCAAUAAAAUAUGCCAUUUGUUUCUA